UUCCCUUUUAUCCCCCCCCCCCUCCCCCCUUCCCUUUCCCCUUCCCGCUCCUUAACCCCCUUUAGGCCGGGUCGCCCCCGUGCCUCCGCCGCCAUGAGCAGUACCGGGAGCUUCCCGGUUUUAAGGAUCUCGGUGUGAAGUCUCCGUGAUCAGUGUCGCAGGAGCCAGCGCCGCCAGCGAGGACAGCCGCCGGGCAGCGGGUUGCCCGUGGGCCCCAUGCUCUGCUCGGCCCUCGCACCCUGCGCCUGAGAGCCUCCACCCACGCUGGAGACCCCCGCCAUGGCCAGCAACAGCAGCUCCUGCCCCACACCUGGAGGGGGGCACCUCAAUGGCUACCCUGUGCCCCCCUAUGCCUUCUUCUUCCCCCACAUGCUGGGGGGGCUCUCGCCACCCAGCACGCUGGCCGGCAUCCAGCACCAGCUGCCCAUCAGUGGAUACAGCACCCCCUCGCCUGCCACCGUCGAGACGCAGAGCACCAGCUCGGAGGAGAUCGUGCCCAGCCCGCCCUCGCCGCCCCCCCUGCCCCGCGUCUACAAGCCCUGCUUCGUCUGCCAGGACAAAUCCUCGGGGUACCACUACGGGGUGAGCGCCUGCGAGGGCUGCAAGGGCUUCUUCCGCCGCAGCAUCCAGAAGAACAUGGUGUACACGUGCCACCGGGACAAGAACUGCAUCAUCAACAAGGUGACGCGCAACCGGUGCCAGUACUGCCGCCUCCAGAAGUGCUUCGAAGUCGGCAUGUCCAAGGAGUCCGUCCGCAAUGACCGGAACAAGAAGAAGAAGGACGUGCCCAAACCGGAGUGCUCGGAGAGCUACAUCAUCACGCCCGAGGUGGAGGAGCUCAUCGAGAAGGUGCGCAAAGCCCACCAGGAGACCUUCCCCGCCCUCUGCCAGCUCGGCAAAUACACUACGAACAACAGCUCGGAGCAGCGGGUCUCCCUGGACAUCGACCUGUGGGACAAGUUCAGUGAGUUGUCCACCAAGUGCAUCAUCAAGACAGUGGAGUUUGCCAAGCAGCUCCCCGGCUUCACCACGCUCACCAUCGCCGACCAGAUCACCCUCCUCAAAGCCGCCUGCCUCGACAUCCUGAUCUUGCGGAUCUGCACGCGCUACACGCCGGAGCAGGACACCAUGACCUUCUCGGACGGGCUGACGCUGAACCGCACGCAGAUGCACAACGCCGGCUUCGGGCCUCUCACCGACCUGGUCUUUGCCUUCGCCAACCAGCUGCUGCCGCUGGAGAUGGACGAUGCCGAAACAGGGCUGCUCAGCGCCAUCUGCCUCAUCUGCGGAGACCGCCAGGACCUGGAGCAGCCCGACAAAGUGGACAAGCUGCAGGAGCCACUGCUGGAGGCGCUGAAGAUCUACGUGAGGAAGAGGAGGCCCAACAAGCCCCACAUGUUCCCCAAGAUGCUCAUGAAGAUCACGGAUCUCCGCAGCAUCAGCGCCAAGGGCGCUGAGCGGGUGAUCACGCUGAAGAUGGAGAUCCCGGGGUCGAUGCCGCCCCUCAUCCAGGAGAUGCUGGAGAACUCGGAGGGCAUGGACACGUUGGGGGGGCAGCCGGGUGGCCCCCGCGCGGGCAGCUGCAGCCCCAGCCUUUCGCCCAGCUCCAACCGCAGCAGCCCGGCCACGCACUCGCCGUGACCCGCGCCUGGCGCGCACCAGGACAGAGCCCGGCACGCCGGCACGCGGGGAGUGGUGGGGGGAGAGAGAGAGAGAGACCCUGCGCCUCGGCCCUGGCUGCAGCCCCCCCUGGGGCGGACUCCUCGGCAGCCCCCC